UCUGGGUUCCUAGCCAGUCCCUACAAGGGGGGGGGUAAUGAUCGCCGCCAUUCCCCUCCCCCACUCUGACGGGUAUGUCUAGAGAACGGUUUGGAGGAAGACGCAUGCGCAUGAAGUAAAACGAUAAACCGCUCAGACGCCCAGCGCAAUAGUUGCAAAAGGGCGCAGGCGCAGAAAAAACCUCGGCCAGUUUCUGAAGAGGGCUGGGCCCAAACGCAUGCGUGCAAUAAUCUGACGGCGGGAGAGAGCCCGCUGUCUGGUAUUACGCAUGCGUUUAAUCUUUGUGUGACGCAAGUGGGCGGGGCAGGCCACCGGGUGCGCAUGCGCAGAGCUUGUUCGGAGGGCUUUAUUUAGGCUGCGCAGGCGCCCGCUAAUCAUUUCUCCUCAGCCACGCCGAGGCUUUGUGUGGAGUCUGUUUCGACGCCAGGACCCACGAAGAGACGAUGAUGCUGGGCGCGGAAGGCGGAGAGGGCUUCGUGGUGAAGGUCCGGGGCUUGCCCUGGUCCUGCUCCGCGGACGAGGUGCAGCGCUUUUUUUCUGACUGCAAAAUUCAAAAUGGGGCCCAAGGUAUUCGUUUCAUCUACACCAGAGAAGGCAGACCAAGUGGAGAGGCUUUUGUUGAACUUGAAUCAGAAGAUGAAGUCAAAUUGGCCUUGAAAAAAGACAGAGAAACUAUGGGACACAGAUAUGUUGAAGUAUUCAAGUCAAACAACGUUGAAAUGGAUUGGGUGUUGAAGCAUACUGGUCCAAAUAGUCCUGACACAGCCAAUGAUGGCUUUGUACGGCUUAGAGGACUCCCUUUUGGAUGUAGCAAGGAAGAAAUUGUUCAGUUUUUCUCAGGGUUGGAAAUCGUGCCAAAUGGGAUAACAUUGCCGGUGGACUUCCAGGGGAGGAGUACGGGGGAGGCCUUCGUGCAGUUUGCUUCACAGGAAAUAGCUGAAAAGGCUCUAAAGAAACACAAGGAAAGAAUAGGGCACAGGUAUAUUGAAAUAUUUAAGAGCAGUCGAGCUGAAGUUAGAACUCAUUAUGAUCCACCACGAAAACUUAUGGCCAUGCAGCGGCCAGGUCCCUAUGACAGACCUGGGGCUGGCAGAGGGUAUAACAGCAUUGGCAGAGGAGCUGGUUUUGAGAGGAUGAGGCGUGGUGCUUAUGGUGGAGGCUAUGGAGGCUAUGAUGAUUACAAUGGCUAUAAUGAUGGCUAUGGAUUUGGUUCGGAUAGAUUUGGAAGAGACCUCAAUUAUUGUUUUUCAGGAAUGUCUGACCACAGAUAUGGGGAUGGUGGCUCUACUUUCCAGAGUACAACAGGACACUGUGUACACAUGCGGGGAUUACCAUACAGAGCUACUGAGAAUGACAUUUAUAAUUUUUUUUCACCACUCAAUCCUGUGAGAGUACAUAUUGAGAUUGGACCUGAUGGCAGAGUAACUGGUGAAGCAGAUGUCGAGUUUGCGACCCAUGAAGAUGCUGUUGCAGCUAUGUCAAAAGAUAAAGCAAAUAUGCAACACAGAUAUGUAGAACUCUUCUUGAAUUCUACAGCAGGAGCAAGCGGUGGUGCUUACGAACACAGAUAUGUAGAACUCUUCUUGAAUUCUACAGCAGGAGCAAGCGGUGGUGCUUAUGGUAGCCAAAUGAUGGGAGGCAUGGGCUUGUCAAACCAGUCCAGUUACGGUGGCCCAGCCAGCCAGCAGCUGAGUGGUGGUUAUGGAGGUGGCUACGGCGGCCAGAGCAGCAUGAGUGGAUAUGGUAGCCAAGGAGCAGUGAACAGCAGCUACUACAGUAGCGGAAGCCGUGCAUCUAUGGGCGUGAAUGGAAUGGGAGGGAUGUCUAGCAUGUCCAGUAUGAGUGGUGGAUGGGGAAUGUAAUUGAUUUUGAUCACUGACUCUUGGUCAUUUUUUUUUUUUUUAAACUUCAGUUUAACAGUUUUGCAAUCUAGCCUUGUGAUUGAUGCCUCCUCUUAAGUGAACAUUGACAUCACUCAAAGGACUACAGUUCAAUGUUGAACAUAGUCACCUAGGAUGAUACAGUGAAGUUGAGUGAACUGUAACUGUUAAACAAUUCCCAGCUUUUCUCUAGUUACUGUAGGAUGUACGUAAGCAGUAAGUGUAUUUAGGUUAAAGCAGUUGAAUUAUGUUGAAUGUUGCUCUUAUACAUACAUUACAUUGAACACUGUUGGUGCAUGUUGAAAAGACAUGCUUUUUUGUAAAACUCAAUAUAGGAGCUGCGUCUACAAUUAAAGUGAAACAUUUGGCAUGUUUGUUCUAAUUUCAUUUGAUAAACCUGUAAGGCACGUGAGUUUAAAGCUUUUUUUCCCCCCUUUUUUUUAAGUUAAUGGAGUAAUUUUGAGACGCAAUAUCAUUUACUUUAGGAUUUUUGGUCUUGGUGUUUGUAUGAAAUUCUGAGGCCUUGAUUUAAGUCUUUCAUUGUAUUGUGAUUUCCUUUUAGGUGUAUUGCGCUAAGUGAACCUUGUCAAAUAAAUCUUCCUUUUAAAAGCUA